AUGGAGAGUUUCCAGGCACCAGUAGACACAGCAGAAGCUGAGGUAGUGAUCGGGACUGGCGAGACGGACGUGAAGCCUGCUCUGCCAGCAUCGAGAGCAGCAGUUCCGGUUCCCGUGCGACCUCCAUUGGAGCGAGAACAUUCCGUUCCUCCCCCUUCACAACCUCCGCCAGCACUGGCCGCACAACCAUCAGACCCGCCCGACUUCUCAGAACAAGCCCCGGACAGCUUGACCCUUGCCGAUCUCAAGCGCAUACGAAACAGCUUUCCGAAUCCCCAAAUCCCGCAGAAGCAGCAGCUGCUUGAAGACGAGAAAGUGUAUGAUUUCGACUACCGCGAUUCACAGUCCUUUCCGGUGGAGCUUGAAGAAUGGUUCAGCUACAGCGAGCAAGAAGAGUUCAACUUGCGCAUAUGCAAGACCAAAUUCAACGACGAAUGGAGGGCGACUGAAGAAGGAAAGUCAGAUUGGCUUGAUGUCACUGAGGAUGCACGCAGAGCGUUCACGAAGAAAUGGAUCGAGGUGCUGCAGAACCCAAACGAGGUUGAGCCAGCAGACAUCACGCUGGCGCUCAUGAUUUUGACAUAUAUUGGUUUGGGUGUCUGGGAAGAGACGGCAGGGCGACAAGAGGGCUGCGCGUUGGAAGACCUGUUUCCAAACAGUUCAUUCGGAGGGUCACGUCUGGAUGAAUACGGCUCUUCUAGCUUGCAAGUGCAAUGGAUCCUUGCUAUGGUCGACACGCUCCACUCAUGCGAUGGACUGAAAACGAUUUACGACACCUUGAGAAGUGUGUGCGAAAGUGACUUCCAGAGCAUCCCGCCGGAAUUGUUAUCCCGUAAUGAGAAUCAACCGCGAAGAGGCGACGAGAGCUUGGAGUUGUGGUGCUGUCUAACCCUCAUGUACCUCUUCGUGGAAGUCUCCAGGACUGUAGGAAACAGCCAGGCGUUGAGGCAAGACGUUCUAGCACUGGAGCCCAACUUCCUCAACUACCUCACCCAAAUCGUGGCUCGACUUCGCUGGGAUGAGUGCGCGCCCAUUCCUCUUACCAAGAUGCUGCUUCUGUCGUGGAAGACCAUCCUGGUAUCAUUUGGCGGUCUCAAGGACGUUGAACAUGUCAAAUCAUCUCUGCGAGACACGAAGGAGGAGGAGCAACAAGAUGCUCGUGGUCAGCCUGUCAUCACAGCAUCACCUUUGGACUACCACCUCUUUCGCCAGGAAAUCAGUUCCAAGUAUCCCGCCUAUCAGCCGCCGCCUCCAUUGUUCCCUCUGGAACCGGAGAACAACACGAUUUUGCCUCCGCUGAAGCAUCGCAGGCCGAGUUAUGCUGCUUCUAUCGACACGGCGCAUACGGGAGCACCAGCAGUCGGGACUGGAUCGAUUAUGCAUCAGCCCAUUCACAUUGCUACUCCCGCUCCAUCGCCACCACCAUCUCCCGGGGGUCCUGGCAAGGCGGGAAAGAAGCAAAACUACCAGACGAAUCAAAUGUUUCCAUUUCUCUACCCGCCUCUCGAUGCCAGUAGCAACGACCUCGGAGGGAAGGGAAGCACGGAAGUGCAGGACGCGCUCGUGGGUCGGAAGUGGGAAGGUGUAGACAUCCCAACUAGCAUCCUUGAGGCCGCAGAAUUGUUCGCCAAACGAAUGAGAGCAACCAGAGCUAUGAAACAAUUGUGGGAAGCGCGCGUCGAUUUCAUGAAGCAAGAACGUGGAUGGAAGAAUCCCGACGACAGCAUACCCGACGAUGAUGUGGAUGAUUUUGAGCUUGUGCCGGAACCCGCGCCACAGGAAACAGCUGAGCAGGGCCAGCCAGAAGCGCAGACCGACGAACAAAAACGACUGUCCAGGGUCAACAACUACUACCGAGACUCGUUGCCGCAUCUUCAGAGCGUAGUCAUAGUGUUGCUGAAAGCUGUGCUGCAGAACGUGACUGACCUCGUUACUAAGAACAACGGGCAAAAUGGUCUUCAAGCCGGCAUACAGUUCAACGACGCCAAUGGUAUUAAUGGAACCAAGCCGCUGGAAAAUGGCAUCAACGGUCACGGCGAUAGCAUUGAGAACACCAUGGAAGAACUUGACAAACAGCGAUCGCAAGAGAUUGCAGCCAAGGCAUUGAGUGCCAUACUACUUCUUCUCCUGAAGUGGUUCAAAGUAUCGCAUAUUCUCCAAUACGAGUACAUGACUCAGUUACUACUGGAUUCUAACUACGUCCCGUUAAUACUGAAGUUAUGGCAAACUCAGGAGAUUGGACGGGCCUGUCACUUCCGACUUGAACGAGAAGACAAGAACUUCUUCUACUUCUGCCAAGUCAACUCUCGCAACAAACGUCCUCCCAAUCCCUCAAACCCAGACCCCAACGAUGCCCUGAGGGAAGAUUCCGAAGACGAAGCCGCCCCACCACCCAUAAAACUCAAACGCGACUCAACCGACCAAAUCCUCUCUCCCACAAUGGACUCCCUCGACUUCACGCACCCCCCAGAAAUCGACGAACUCGGCUACCCCCUCACCCCCCUCCCGCUCACCCCCCUAAAAACCUAUUCCUACCGCAACAUCUCCACCUCAAUCAACUACCUCCGCAUCCUCCAAAAACUCACCCGCCGAAAAACCCACCGCGCCCUCCUCCUCGUCAGCUACAAAUCCUCCAACCACCUCAAGAAAACCCUCAAAAUCCCCCUCCAUCUCCUAAGAUACUACACCCUCAAACUCUUCAAAUCCCAAGUCCCCUUCUGCGGGCGAAAAUGGCGCCAAUCCAACAUGAAAAUCAUCACAGCCGUCUGGCUCUCCGUGCCCGCCGAGCUCCGCGAUGAUUGGCUGUCAGGGGGCGGGGGAGGGAUGGGUGGAGCCUGCGUCGGCGACGUCGACGGCACGGUGGAAGACGCACUACCUCUGGAACAGAGUCUUCGCGCGUUGACGCAUUGGUGGAAUGUGAAAAAUUUCGGGCCCGUGAUGGGCGUGGAGGAUCCGCGGAAGUUUUUCGACGAGGAGAUGGAUUUUUUUGCGCGCGAGUUGGAGAAGAUGGAGGUGGAGGAGGGGUUGGGGAGGAGGGAGAUGAUGGUGGAGGAGCAGCAGCAGCAGCAGAUGAAUGGUGAGGGGGAGGAGGUGGUGGGACUGGAGGAGGGGGGGUGGCAGGGGCCUAUGGAAGGGUAUUAGUUAGUGGAGAUAGAUAGAUAGAUAGGAGGACGGGCUCUUCCUAUAGAAUUAAUACCCUUGGACUGCC